AUGCACAGGGGCCUGAAGGAAUUCACCGCGGUGCUCCGGGUCGCCCUUAAUCGCUGCAUUGAUGACACCUGGAGGCGCCACCCUGUCACCUCCCUGAGCAAGGCCCUGGCUGCCUACGAGAGCACCCCAGGGAUCAGCCUAGGUGACGUCGCAAGGGCGGCCAGUUUGUGGCAGUUGUCGGCGGAUUUGCUUCUGGACAGGUGGGCUCAGCUGGCCAGGGAGGCCACCAAGCUCUGUCACGCCUGGAGCAAGGUGGCCACUGAGGCAAUCACCACCCAGGCCAGGGAGCUGCAGGAGAAGGCUGCCCGUGAUGGGACAGCUCAGGAACACAUGGUAGAGCUGGGUCAGGCCCUGGGUGGGGAGGAGGGGGCCGAGGUGGCGGCCAGGACUGAAUCCCCAGUGAGGGAAGAGGCCAUGGUGGCUGCCAGCGAGGCAACAAGGGCCACCAAGCAGAGACAGUGGGUGUGGGCAGCCCUGGGGCUGCUGCAGCGCUUGGUGGCCGCGUGUGACGAAGCCACCGCGUUCGCCCGGGAGCUGCAGCGCCUGCUCGGGGACACCAAGAUUGCCCUGGAGGCUACAAAGGAGAAAUCCCCUGAUGUCCCGGAGGACUCGGAGGCCGCGUGUGACGAAGCCGCCACCUUCCGCUGGAGUCUGUGGCACGUGUUCAGGCGUCUCAAGGCCACCCAGAAGGAGACAAAGAAGAAACUCCCCGAUGCCUUGGUGGCCAAGGUGGACGAGGCCGAGCAGCUGUGGGAGGCCAACGUCCGCCUGGCCAAGGAUCACCUGCUGGGGACAGUUGACGACAUCACCAAGUUCUAUUUCACUGAUUUUCCCGUCAGCCCCGGCCCGUGUGGAGUGGCCGAGCGGUGCCAAAGAGCCAUGGAGGACAUCCCAAGGCUCCUUCGACCCCCAGAGCGUCCUCAAGGUGUCCCCAAGGUGUCCCCAGUGAGCACGGAGCCCCAAGAGCUGUCCCGGGCCCUGCUGCAGCCACAGGUCACCGUGGUGGCCACCCUGGGCGAGCUGCUGGCCACCCUGCCCACAUGGAAGGAGAUGCUGCUGCUCGAGUCCCCAAAGCGCCUGCACAGGGGCCUGAAGGAAUUCACCAAGGAGCUCUGGCUCACCCUGCACUGCAUGGAUGACGCCCGGAGGCGCCACAUUGUCACCGAUGAUGAUGAUGAUGGCCUUCUCACCUUCCUGAGCCGGGCCCUGGCUGCCCUCAGGAGCACCCCACAGAGCACCCAGGGCCGUGUGGCAAUGGUGGCCAGCGAGUGGCAGCAGGCGGUGUCUGUGCUUGUGGACAGGUGGGCCCAGCUGGCCGGGAAGGCCACCGAGCUCCACGACACCUGCAGGGUGGCCACUGAGGCAAUGACCGCCCGGGCCAGGGAGCUGCAGGCCAAGGCUGCUCCUUGUGGGAAGGCUGAGGAACACAGGGUGGAGCUGGGUCAGGGCCUGGGCGGGGAUGAGGGGGCCAAGGUGGUGGCCAGGUGUGAAUCCCAGUGUUUGGUGGCCGCGUGUGACAGAGCCGCCGUGUUACCCCGAGAGCUGCAGCGCCUGCUCGGGGACAUCAAGGCUGACCUGGAGGGGACAAAGAAGAAGUUCCCCAAUAUCACCAAGGAUUUGGUGGCCAUGGCCGAGCGGCUGUGGGAGGCCAACGCCCAACUGGCCAGGAAUCACCUGCUGGGGGCAGUUGACGACUUCCUGGACUACUAUAGCAAGGGUGGCCGUGCCAGGCCCCGUGCCGAUGAGGAGGAGGAGGAGAUGCUGCUCAAGUCCUCAAAGCGCCUGCACAGGGGCCUGAAGGAAUUCACCAAGGAGUUGCGGGUCGCCCUGCGCUGCAUUGAUGACAGCUGGAGGCACCACAUUGUCACCGAUGAUGAUGAUAACCCUGUCCCCUCCCUGAGCCGGGACCUGGCUGCCCUCAGGAGAACCCUAUGGACAACCCCGGACUGUGUGGCAAUGGCCGCCAGCGAGUGGCAGCGGUCGGUGGCUGUGCUUGUGGACAGGUGGAGCCAGGUGGCCGGGAAGGCCACCGAGCUCCGUGACACCUGCAGGAUGGUGGUCACUGAGGCACUCAUCGCCAACAUCAGGGAGCUGCAGGACGAGGCUGCCCGUGAUGGGACAGCUCAGGAACACAGGGUGGAGCCGGAUCAGGCCCUGGGCAGGGAGGAGGGGGCCAAGAUGGCGGCCGGGCCUGAAUCUCCGGUGAGGGAAGAGGCCAUGGUGGCUGCCAGUGAGGCAACAACGGCCACCAUGGUGGCCAGGACAGCCCCCGAGCUCCGCAACACGUGCAGGAGGGUGGUCGCUGAGGCACUCAUCGCCGAGUUCAGGGAGCGGCAGGCCAAGGCUGCCUUUGAUGGGAAGGCUGAGGAACGCAGGGUGGAGCUGGGUCAGGCCCUGGGCAGGGAGGAGGGGGCCAAGAUGGCGGCCGGGCCUGAAUCCCCAGUGAGGAGAGAGGCCAUGGUGGUUGUAAGCGUGGAAACAACGGCCACCAUGCGUCCCUCAGGAGCGCUCCCCAGGCUCAAGCAGCGCAAACUGCCCGUCUCUGGGGUGAGGCUGCGCCGCCAUCUUGGGUGA